UGUAUAUUUUUUACUUUUAUGAAUAUAUAUUGCGCUCGGACCCACCCAUUAUUAUUUUGUGUGGCAAGCAAGUAGGAGAAAAAGGUUAACAAACGUUGGGAACAAAUAUGAAGACGAUCAUUUUCGUUCUAGCAUGCAUCUUGGUACAGCUAUGUGCAGGAAGUUACCUACCAAGUGACGAAUGUCGUUUUCCGUUUCGUUACAAUGGAUUGUGGUAUUGGGACUGUGCGUUGACAACAGACCGUACUCGUUCUUGGUGUUCAAAAACUACAGAAUUUAAUCACGAGUGGAAUUAUUGUGAGGAAGGACACAAAGUUUCAAAUGGCUCCGUCUGUUUUUUCCCGUUCUACUAUAAAGGUGUUUGGUAUGACAGCUGUACGAGAGCCAAUCAUAAUGGUCUAUGGUGCUCAAAAGAUAUGAUUUACAAUGGCGCAUGGAAAAACUGUGAAAUGCAAGAAAUGCAGCUUUCAAGUAUACAAGCAGAAGCGAGAGCUAUUUCAUGGACGAGAGUAUCGAAAAACUUUAAAGCUAUCAGUGUUGGGCAGGCUGGUGUUUGGGGAGUGGGAACGAACAAUAAGAUUUACUACAGAGAAGAAACUUAUCAUCCAAAUGUGGAGGAGAAGGGAUCACGAGGAGGCGAUUGGCAACUUAUUGGUGGAAGCUUGAAGGAAAUAUCAUCUGGUUAUGAUACAGUGUGGGGGGUAAAUCGUCAUGAUUACAUCUACGUUCGAAUCGGUAUUUCGAAAAGUUCACCAACAGGUACUUCAUGGAGACGCAUCAGUGGGGGCUUAAAACAGAUAAGCGUUAGUCCAACUACUAAUCAAGUUUGGGGUGUCAAUAGAAAUGACGAUAUCUUUUUUCGAACUGGUAUCACGAUCGCUGGAAAUCAUGUUGGAACUGGAUGGAAGCACAUCUCAGGAAAAUUAAAAUUUGUAUCUGUUGGAAAGGCUGGCGUGUGGGGAGUCAACAAAAACAACGAUAUUUUUUACCGUAAAAACACCAACGGAGGAGAAACAGCAGGUACAGCUUGGGAGCAUGUUCCAGGAAAAAUGUCCCAAGUUUACAGUGGAAAGGAUACUGUAUGGGCCGUGUCUAAUUUUUCAGUCUAUAUGAGAUUAGGUGUCAGCUUAAGCAAUCCUACUGGUACCAGUUGGAAGAGAAUGGAUGGAUUCAUAAAAUACAUUACAGCCAGUAGCCACGAUGGAGCCGUGUGGGGGAUUGGACCAAGAAACAAUGCUUACUUUAAACAUGACGGUACGCCCCAACCGAAGGGUCGAGGAAAGGCUAAAGGUCGCGGUAAAAAAUAUUAACGAGGAACUAGUGUAAAAAGUUUUGUUUUAAAAUAUCACUUCAAAGAUAA